AUGCUUUCUCGUACUAUACGUUUUGCUAAGCAAACUAGAUUCUUGAGCACCUCAAGAAUCUUGAUGUCUUCCCCACAAAACAAUGUUGCCGCUAAGACUGCUACCAAGUUGUCUGAAGUCACUGGUCCAGAUGGAUCUUUGAUUGGUCCUGGUGCCAAAGAGGGUACCAUCCCAUCCGAUUUGGAACAAGCUACUGGUUUAGAAAGAUUCGAACUUUUAGGUAAGAUGGAAGGUAUCGAUGUUUUCGACAUGGAAAACCCAAUCUUCGAAGGUUCCGGAUCUAUGAAGGACCCAUACUUAGUCCCAACUUACAUGGGUUACCGUUAUGUUGGAUGUAUGGGUAAAGGUGGUGACGACCACAAGCCUUACUGGAUGAAGGUUGAAGAAGGUAAGCCAGGUAGAUGCUGGCAAUGUGGUAACGUGUAUUCUGCUAAAUACUUGGGUGAACCAGGUCACCAACACCAUUAG